UUAAGACUGGCCAUGCUGCUACUCCCGAGUCCAUUGACAAGUAUUUUCAUUGCCAGCAUCACGUCUUCGGUCAUGGAGAGGAGAUCAAGUCCGGAAACAAAGAAAGCCACCUCAUAUCCGGUCGUCCGAACACAAUAAGCAUCACCAAGCGUCCCUGGGACCGACCUCAAAAAGAUGCGAAGAGGCAAGGCCCUGCAAUGUUGAAAAAGUUCGCUUUCGUUUUGGGCGACCUUGAUUACCGACUGGAAUGCGAGAUACAUUGUGACUCAGAAACCACUCCAGGUCCUCACGGACCCACCUGUACCUCUGAAGGACUCGAAAUAAGACUCGAGGCGAAUUUUUUCCCUCAGUCGAGAUCUGUUUUCAUCCACAUUCCAGGAAGAAUGUGACCCUUGCUUAUAUCGUGCGGUCGGCCCUUCGCACAAAAGAUCAGGGUAGCAUAUAUGCAUAUACUGCGCAUUGCCGAGACUGGGUACUGUCACGGUGUGCAACUCCAUUUGACUGUCACUGCCCUGGACAGACACUGGGAAGACCGCACUUCGAUUCCGACAUCUCAAUGCCAUUGGGCUUGUCCUUCCGAUCGAAUCACGGCAAUAGUGGUAUUCCCAUCCGCCCACGACCAAGUCGAGACUAAAGCUUGCAAGACCCCCUUCAAUCGAGAUGUCCUGCACGCCCUUAACCUACUUCCUGGCAGCACCAUGGCUGCCUCUGCUCGUGCCGAUGAUCGCGACGAAGCUUCAACCAAGCACUCCAAGAGAGCCCACAAUGAAGCAGCAGAAGAGCCGCUUUCCAGCGACGUACCAUCCACAAAGAAGUCGAAACAGAAGGCAUCGAAACCGGGUGGCGACGAAACAGGGGGUUUGGUCCGCGCUACACAUUUUGGCAUCGAACUAGAACUCGUUUUGGUCUUCAGGGAAGAUCAGUUGAAAGCAGUGCUCUCGGAUCACAACAUCGAUGCCGAUAUUGUCAAGCGAUUCACAAGCAACGACCACGCCAACCUGCUGGCUAUUGAUCCCAUGCAGCCUGCCUACGACGUCAGGCACCGUUACCCGUCGUUCGCAUUGCAUGUCACUGCAGACGACAUCAUAUGUAACAGAAGCUUACACCUCGGCAUGUUUGUCAAUAAAGUUUCCGGCGACAGGCGAUGGCUACGGCGGUACGUUAUGGAACCUCUUCUUGUUGCCAGGAAGUGCCUCAGCGCAGCAAAGCUUGACAGCAAUGUCAUUGGAUGGAUAUCUCUCGAUCCGCAAUACCCCAGGGAUCCCACUAAAGCAGAAAUACAAUUCCCCAAAGAGGGCGAAGAUACCAUGAUCCGAAAGGGUCUGGUCGACUAUACCGAAUGGACCCUGACGAAUGACCAUACCCUCGUGGGAGCAUUGCGAGGGCAAAUGUUAGACAGCCUCUCAAGCAAGGGCCUGCAAGUGGAUCAGAUAUCGAAUUGGGACAGCACAGGGGUCGAGUUGAUCAGUCCCAUUUUUGAGCUCGAGCAUAAAGACGACGCUUUUGCGCAAAUUCAACAGUAUCUGGCCGCUCUGAAUGGAAAAGACGUGCUCGUCAUGGAGUCGGUAUGGGCGAGUACGCAUGUGCACGUCGGCUUCAACUUCGAUAAGCCAGAAGACAUGCCUAUUCUGUUAUUGCAGCAUCUAGCAUAUAUCCUUGUGCUGCACGAAGACCUCUUAUCCAAGUGUCACCCGAGAAGCCGGUGCGGAGCUAAACCUCCUUCACCUCAGGCCGACGUAGGGGACCUGAGCAACGAACAGUCCGAUUUCGACGAUUUCGACGAUUUCGACCCUGACGCGCCUUUGCCACCAAGAUCGCCAUCCCCUACCGAGGAAGAGCUGGAGAAGGAAAAUGAAAAGAAGGUCCUUGAUCGUGAAGCCCAGUACACCGGAUUCGGUAAUGUCGAGUCCAAUGCUGAGUAUCUUCGAACGCAGGUGCUGCAUAACAUCACGGCUCGGAACCAGCCACGGGUCAUCAGAGAUAGCAUUUUUAAGGAGGGUGGCAGUAUCUUCGACCUUGUCAAACUUUUACAGAAACCCGAUCCGAAGGACGAGAACCACCGGUACCGUGGAUACAUGUACAACUUCGCCAAUUUGUGGACACUUGCAAAGAAUGAAACACCUUGGAAACCUAUCAAGCCAACGCUUGAGUUUCGGCAACAUGCCUGUACGACCGAUGUCAAUGUCAUCAGGCACUGGGUUACGCUUUUGGAAGCUAUUGCCAGGACGGCGGAGAGAAAGGCUGCCUCGACAAAGCAACAUAGCGGAAUACUACUGGAUGCGACAAGGACGUAUGCAGAAAGGGAAGCAAGCAAAUACCCAUCUGCAUCAUGGCCCUUUGAAAGUAUGAGUGAGUUUUCUGUUCGCCUUCUGGAUCUCGAUGCAGAUGAGGGACUGUAUUGGCAAGACAGAUACGAACGAUAUAAGGAUGACAGACCAUCUAAAGAAGGGAGUGGGAUUUAGUGUGAUAGAGUCAGAGGUUAAAAAGACCUUAUGCUGAUUGGAAGAGAGGUGAGGUAAUUGGGUCCUUUUUGGAUGAUGGAUGAUAUAUGGUUGGGAAGUGGCAUGGUCACCAUGGCAUAAAUAUAAGAGACAAG